GACCCUCCCUGGUCCUGACUGACUCUCGACUCUCUCGCUCAGACUGGGGUUUUGUUGUUCAUUUAUUAUUACGGGAAGAAGAUGGCGGCGGAGAGGGAACCUCCACCGUUGGGAGAUGCAGAACAAACCGAUUUCAGGGAACUGGAGGACGGGGAGGAUCUGUUUAUCAGUACUGCCUCAACGCUGGAGUCAAGUCCAUCAUCUCCUGAACCCGCUAGCCUUCAUGCUGAAGACAUUAGUACAUCCAAUGGACCUAAGCCUGCUGAGAUUUCAUUAGAGGAUGAUCGUGAAGAUCUUUUUGCUGAAGCAACAGAAGAAGUAUCCUUAGAUAGCCCAGAGAGAGAACCUAUCCUAUCAGACGAACCAUCUCCCGCCAUCACCCCUGUGACACCAACUGCUCUUGUGACACCAAGAAUUGAUCCUGUUAUGUUUGAGAGGUGCAAAGAAGAGCUGGAGGAGGAGGCUAAUGGAGACUCAUUCGACAUAGACAUUUCUGUCUCUGACCCAGAAAAAGUUGGGGAAGGAAUGAAUGCAUAUAUGGCCUACAAAGUAACAACAAAGACUUCUCUUUCCAUCUUCAACAAGAAGGAAUUUUCUGUAAAAAGAAGAUUUAGUGACUUUCUGGGUUUACACAGCAAACUUGCCUCAAAAUACAUGCACAUAGGAUAUAUAGUUCCUCCAGCUCCAGAGAAAAGUAUUGUUGGCAUGACAAAGGUCAAAGUCGGCAAAGAAGAUCCCUCAUCUGCAGAGUUUGUUGAAAAACGCAGAUCAGCUUUAGAAAGGUACCUAGAAAGAACAGUUAAACAUCCUACUUUGUUGCAAGAUCCUGAUGUGCAACAGUUCUUGGAAAGCUCAGAGCUGCCGAGAGCGGUUAGCACUCAGGCGCUGAGUGGAGCAGGAAUAUUGAGGAUGGUAAACAAGGCCGCCGACGCUGUCAACAAAAUGACAAUCAAGAUGAAUGAAUCGGAUGCGUGGUUUGAGGAAAAGCAGCAGCAAUUCGAAAACCUUGACCAGCAGCUGAGGAAACUUCACACAAGCGUAGAGACUUUAGUGUGCCACAGGAAAGAGCUCUCUGUUAAUACAGCUGCCUUUGCUAAAAGUGCUGCCAUGCUUGGAAACUCUGAAGAUCACACAGCAUUGUCAAGAGCUCUUUCUCAGCUGGCUGAGGUAGAAGAGAAGAUUGACCAGCUUCACCAAGAACAGGCAUAUGCAGACUUCUACCUUUUCUCUGAGCUGCUUAGUGAUUAUGUUCGUCUCAUUACAGCGGUUAAGGGUGUUUUUGAUCAAAGAAUGAAGACCUGGCAGAAAUGGCAAGAUGCACAAGCAAUGUUACAGAAGAAACUGGAGGCAGAGGCCAAGCUUCAGUAUGCCAACAAACCAGACAAACUACAGCAGGCCAAGGAUGAGAUCAGGGAGGAAAUUGAAGAGUGGGAGGGCAAGGUCCAGCAAGGAGAGACAGAUUUUAAGCAAAUCUCAAAAACCAUCCGUAAAGAAGUGGGCAGAUUUGAGAAAGAAAGAGUGAAAGAUUUCAAAGCUGUUAUCAUUAAGUACUUGGAAUCCUUAGUUCAAACACAGCAACAGCUUAUAAAAUACUGGGAGGCAUUCCUGCCUGAAGCCAAAGCAAUAGCCUGAACAAUGAAUCCAAACCAGAAUUUGCUGAUGGUGAUGCUCAUGUUUACAUUGUUCCCACAAUAUGAAAGAUGCACGGAAAUGGAAAUGUGACCCAAGGAAUCCAGAACACAUGCUCUUGUGUACACACAAACAUGCACAGUAUGAACAUAUGGCUUUUCCUUUUAUAUCCUCAAGCUAUUUUUAUUCGUAAGCUGCACGUCCUGAUCCAAUCAAUAAAUGGACUGUGGCAUGAUAUUCAGCAGUAUGCUGCAGAAUUGAACACUUUUUAAUAAUUUUUGUUAAUUUUUUUGUUAUAUCUUUUUUUUCAUCUGAUUUUUUUUAAAUCAGGUAAAAGUAUAAUCAUAGAGUCCAAGUCCAUGAUAAGUAUGAAAUCAACUUGUCUUGUGUUCACGAUUUUGUGGUAACAAACAUUCAUGAAGCAAAGCCUACUAUCAUUUCAGUUUAAUUCAACAUUCCUGUACAGAAAUUACUUUGUGAUUAUAAUUAUUAUAAUAAAGGAAUGUACCAUAAGUGAA